AUGACAGCAACUCGAAAACUUGAAGAAGACAUGACCAGAACGAUUGGCCAUGUACAACCACCUGAUACACUUAAAACUCAAUGCGCGGAUAAUGCACUCCAAGAGGCUCACCGAAAAGUGGAUGCCCGUAUGCUAUACUGGUAUGCCUUCGUCUUCCUCGUCAUGCGCAUGAACGUCAACAACAUUUCAAACACAGCGAUUUUGAACAAGGAGGAAGGUACCGACAUAAGAAAGCAGCUUGGUAACCUUUCUUCAUCUCAAUGGGCAUGGGCUUUGAGCAUCUUCUGGUAUCCAUAUAUGCUGUUCGAGCCGGUUGCAACGUUGAUGUUGAAACGUUUCUCACCAAGCAUCUGGAUGAGCCGGAUCAUGUUCACUUGGGGUGUUGUAUCGAUGUGUCAGGCUGCGACGCACAACUGCUCCGGUAUACUGGCUUGUCGCUUCUUUCUGGGCAUGGCCGAGGCGGGCUUUUUCCCCGGCGUGUUGUACCAUCUCAGCUUUUGGUAUCCUGCACACCGACUGCCGUUGCGUGUUGCGUUUCUGUAUGCGUGUGGCAUGUUCGCGGGUACGGUCAGCGGGCUACUCGCGUAUGCGAUAAGCCACAUGAAUGGGGUUGGCGGACUUGCUGGUUGGCGAUGGCUUUUCAUCAUCGAGGGUAUAUUGCCCACAAUAUGUUCGGCAUAUACGUACUUCCGUUUACCAGGUUACCCGCAGACUGUCGAUUUCCUGAGCGAAGACGAGUGCGCAGCCAUCUUGGCUGAUCUACCACAGCAAGCACCCACUAUGCGCGCAAAAACGUUUGACACAGAUCAGGUCAAGUCUUUGUUCAAAAGCGCAACCUUCUUCCCGUUCCUCAUGAUCUGGACAACGCACGGUAUCGGUGGAUGGGGCAUAUCGUUCGUUCUUCCCACCGUCAUCUACGAGUUAGGCAUUUCCAACACAGCCGUGUCUCAGGUUCUGACUAUACCGCCUUUCGCACUUGUCUUCCUUAUACUGAUGAGUCUCGCAUACUUCAUCCAUCACGGGUAUCUCUCGCCUUGGGUUGCCGGUCUUGGAGUUGAGGGCAUACAGAUAAUAUGCUAUAUCCUGUUGAUCAACGUCAAACAACCAGUCGCGAAGUACAUCUUUGUCAUGAUAGCGACAGCAGCCUCUCAAUCUUUCUUCGCAAUUAUUUGGCCCGAGCGUAUACGUGUGGCAAAGGGUACCACGACAGCUGGACUGGCCAUUGGGAUGACGAAUGCAAGCGGACAGCUCAUGGGCAUUGUUGGGCCCCAGAUCUAUCAGCCGAAAUUUGGUCCAACAUAUCGAAUUAGCUACGCCUGUUCUAUCGCGUUGCUUGCAAUGUGUCUGGGGGCUGUUUUGAGCACUUGGCACUUUGUGCGGAAGGGAGACGCCAAAGGAAUGACAAUGCAGGAGACUGAAGAUGGGGUAUUGGUUGCGUAA